CCUAUAAACAUGUUGUUGACGCCACAGUCAGUCAGAGAUACCUGGUCGGCCUGUAUCGUCCCCUCUGGCGCGCUCCAGGAGAACAGCAUGUUUGCAGAUAGGCGACGACUGCUGCUGUUGCGAGCGAGCAUCUGUGCCUUUAAAGACUUGUAAGUGCGCCUCUAUCACAGUCAACUUCCCACAACUCCGACGCGCUCAGCGAGUAGAGUAGAGACACCUUAACCAGAGAGGCACUGGCUCACCUUCACAGCUAGACCCAUGGAAUAAUCACUAUGGAAUACCACUGGAUACUGCUGUCUGUCUUUCUACAGUUAACCUUUCAUCCAGGCAACACCAAGCCCACCAUUACCCCCGCCGGGCCCCACCUUGUUGUCCCGCUCAACACACCCUUCGAGCUGCGUUGCCAGGGCGAGAAGGAGAUGCAGUGGCAGCGGGAGGACCGGCCGAAGGUGCGGGGAGAGAAAAAGACCCCUGGGAUGUCCAUACUGCGCAUCCCCAGGGCUCAACCUCUUCACAUGGGCCGCUACAUCUGCCUGGAGGAGAGCUCCAAGGAGCAAACCUCCAUCUACGUAUAUGUGAAAGAUCCUGACAAUCCCUUCAGAAAAUCAAUGGUGUUCAAGAUUCUCACUCGUGUGGGAGAAAACGCUUCCAUCUCCUGCCUGGCAACUGAUCCAAGUCUGGACAACCUGCGCCUGGAAACAUGUUCCGGUGGAGCUUUGGCCUCUGGUCUCCGGUUCUCUGCAAGCCUGGAGCAAGGCAUCAUCAUCAACAACACACAAAAGGCCUACGAGGGUUGCUAUGUGUGCACAGGAAGACUUGGAGAGAAGUUUGUUAGAUCACGUGACUACUACCUGACAGUAAAACCAGUUCCUGAUGCUCCUCCCGUGAUUGAGAUGCAGGCAACCGGAAGAGUAAUUCUUACCUGGAAGGAGAGUCUCUCCCUCACCUGCAACACCACUAACGUCAAUGGAGAGAUCACUCUAAAUUGGGUCACCCCACCCGGCUCGGGUGCCGUCUGGUAUCCACAGCAACCAGCAAAGGUUGACAGUUCUUCGCGUAUCCUGACGGAGCACUUCACUCAUGUGCGCAGUGCCACGUUGCACAUUGCAGCGGUCAGGCCUGAAGACGCGGGGAGCUACCUGUGUGAAGCUCAGAAUGAAAAGGGGGUCAGCACGCAGUCAGUGUGGCUCGAUGUUUAUGAGAAAGGCUUCAUCAACUCAGCACCCACAAUGAACGAAACCAUCCAUGUCCGUUCAGGCGAGAGUUUGACCCUAAAUGUUGACAUGGAGGCUUAUCCGAAGCCGCACUCUUUCUCCUGGAGCUUCAUGGGCCACGAGCUGAAGAACACAACCGACCAUGUCAUCACCAUGCGAAGCCAUGAAUACAAGUACAGCUUUGAGCUGAGGCUGGUGCGACUGAAAAUGUCAGAGGGUGGAGUUUACACCUUUCAAGCCUCCAACGGUGACGCUUCAGUAAACCACACAUUCACCAUCUUUGUGAUCAGUAAACCUGAGAUUGUAUCUCAUGAGGGCCCAGUGGACGGACAGGUACGCUGUGUGGCGGAGGGGUUCCCUGCCCCGCAGAUCACCUGGUACUACUGUGAGCAGCCCUACGCCAGGUGCUCUCAACAGGUGAAUGCCACCCAGGAGGAGCACAAUGUCAUCACCGUCACACUCUUCAGCCCCAUGUUUGGGAAGACGGAGGUGGAGAGUCGGGUGAACGUGAGCAGGGGACGGUUCAGUACUCUGGAAUGUGUGGCCACGGUGGAGGGGGAGCAGGCCUACACGCUCUUUUCCAUCAGCGAGAGAACUGUUCCCCAUGAUCUAUUCACCCCACUGCUAAUUGGCUCUGUAUCAGCAGCAGGCAUCCUCUGUCUCGUCCUCAUCAUGCUGUUCUACAAGUACAUGCAGAAACCCAAAUACCAGAUACAGUGGAAAGUCAUCGAAGGCAUCCAUGGAAACAACUAUGUUUACAUUGACCCCACCCAGCUACCAUACGAUCACCAGUGGGAGUUUCCUCGAAACAACUUGCGAUUUGGGAAGACUCUGGGAUCUGGUGCAUUUGGGAAAGUGGUGGAAGCCACUGCAUAUGGACUCUCGAAAGCAGAUUCAGUCAUGACGGUGGCUGUGAAAAUGCUCAAAUCCAGCGCUCAUGCAACAGAGAAGGAGGCACUGAUGUCAGAGCUGAAAGUCCUCAGCUACUUGGGAAACCACAUGAAUAUUGUCAACCUGCUGGGAGCCUGCACUGUUGGAGGCCCUACACUGGUGAUCACAGAGUACUGCUGCUUUGGAGACCUCCUUAACUUUCUACGCAGAAAGAGGGAAUCCUUCAUCUGCUAUAAGCUCGAGGAAGACAGCUACUACCGCAACGUCAUGCCGCAGAGAGACGCUGCUGGUGACAGCUUGAACGGCUACAUGACCAUGAGGCCUUCUGCUGCUGGCAACCUGCCGUCCAGCUCAUCCUCCGAGAAGAGACGCUCGCUACGCAAAGGCGGCUCCUACUUUGAAGCAGAUGCAGAGAGUGAGUUGUUUGACGAGGACGGUCUGUCUCUAGACACUGAAGACCUUCUCAGCUUCUCACAUCAAGUGGCCAAAGGCAUGGAGUUCUUAGCCUCCAAAAAUUGUAUCCACAGAGACUUGGCUGCCAGAAAUAUUCUCCUGACUCAAGGAAGGGUGGCAAAGAUCUGUGAUUUUGGCCUGGCCCGGGACAUCAACACGGACUCCAACUACGUAGUCAAAGGCAAUGCUCGUCUGCCAGUGAAAUGGAUGUCUCCAGAAAGUAUCUUCGAGUGUGUUUAUACAUUCGAGAGUGACGUGUGGUCAUAUGGCAUCUUGCUUUGGGAAAUUUUUUCACUAGGAAACAGUCCUUAUCCUGGUAUGCCUGUGGACGCCAAGUUCUACAAACUGAUAAAAGAAGGAUACAGAAUGGAUGCUCCAGAGUUUGCACCCAGUGAAAUGUAUCAGAUUAUGAGGUCCUGCUGGGAUCCUGACCCCUUCAACAGACCCCCCUUCAGGAAGGUCGUGGAAAGGAUCGAACAACAGCUGUCAGAUGCCACUAAACAUAUUUAUCUGAACUUUAGCUCCAGGCCACCUGUGACGCCCAGAGCCAGGGAGGAGCCCAGUUCUCAGAGCGCUGGGCUUCACCGUCUCAACUCAACCGGCAACAACAGCGCUCAGACCCAGCCCUUACUGGUCCAGCACGAGGUCUUCCUGGAGGGGACAACCCUCAGAGCCCAACGGGUGUAAGGACCCACCCAACCUGUCUGGCUGCCUCAUAAAGUGCCUGUAAUGUUCCGCCACAAACCAUCCAACCACUACACCCUCCCACCCAGAACCAGCAGCAUUUGUUUUCAAGUGUUGCAGAGGAAUGGUAAUUGCCGUCUAUUACCAGAAACAACAAAGGAUGAAUGGCUUUUAUCAUUAUCACUUCUAUGAUUGCCUACUGAUUACAGGGAGGACAGUUGGACUAAUGCUCCCUGCUCAUAGCAAAGAACUGUAAAGGCACCGAUAUGGGUGGAGGGACAUCAACCGUUACUCUAAACUGUCAUUAACUUCAUUAUUACACUGUUAUCUGUUUUGUUAUUUUUUUUGUUCAGUUACAUUUUUCCUAAACAUUUCAUAAAGUUUAUUUUGUUUCUUUCUAAUAAUUGGAGUUUUUUUUCUUUAUACAUUUUGUGUUUUGUUAUUCUUUGUUGUUUUUCUGUCAUGGAUAUUUAUGUAGCAUUUUUAUUUUGGUUGGCUGUUGCAAUUGUUGGAGGAGAAGCACUUGAGGCACUUGAACUUCAUCAUUACAUACACCAUAUAAUGCAGCUUUAAUUUUUUUUUUUUUUUUUACUCUUUUAUUGUCAGUAUUAUUUCCAACUGUUCAGACCUAUGUUGAUAUGAAGGAGACACUUUUUCGGGGGCCAAUUCAAAUAUAGAUAUCGAAACACUGGUAUAUAAGCUAUUAGACAGCGUGGUCGGUCAUGCUUAGAGUCCAUAAGUGCUUCAAGUCAAUUAGAAAAUACAUUUUUUUGCUCUUUUUAUGUUGGAUGUCACUAUCGAGAGAGCAACUAUCUUCACUGGAUCUGUUAACACAUAAUGUGGAUUGCUUCACACACACACACAGUCAUCUUCUGAGAUAUGGUAUGGUACGCUAGCUUUUCAUAUAUGUGCUUUGUGACUGUAUAUGUGUACAUAUCUGUAGGUAAUGAUAUUAGUCAUUGCUGUACAAUGAGCUGAGAGUUUAACAAUCCAAUUGCCAGAGGAAAUUUUGGUAUUGUACCUUUCUGCAAACCACUGAUGAUAUGUAACAUUUGUAUGUUAUUAUUCAGUGAAAAUGUUGAAACUUAACAUUGCUUAAUGAUGGUUGAAAGGUUUAGGCACAACACCACAUGGUAAUGGUUAGGAGGAGAUCAUAUUUUGGCUGAAAACACCCUAUUUUGUGGCACAAUCACCACCUGAAAUGCCGCCAAAGUCUUGCUAAAAACAACCACUUUCCUUGUUGGUUGGUCUCAACCUGUAGUCUACAGAUUGGCAGCCCUUUCACCUAGUUGUCCCUUCCACCUCCCAAUGACAAAGUCAACUCAUAUACAUGUAAUCAGCUGUGUCACUUUAUAAAUGUUGAUAUGAUACGAAUGAAACUUACAAAUGUCCGUGGUUUGCAGAAAUUAAAAUCCAAACAUUUCCUUCUGGCAACUAGGCUGACAGUUAAAUGUGUGACAAAGAAGACAGUCUGAGAAGCCUGUAACUCUUAACUUUGAUCUUCGCUUUGUUGCAUAAGCAUGUAAUGCAGGUGUAUAGUUUCACUUUUUGACAGCUGGACUGCUGGAGAGUUUUAUUGUAAAGGUGUAAAUAGGUGUUCAGGUUUAUAUGGUUUGCCUCUCCUGCCACAUCCAGUGUAUGAUCUUUGUUUACAAGCAUGAGACAGGUACUGCCAUUUCUGAGACGUGUUUUCUCUGCUUUUCACUCUCUUCCCCUUCAUGAAGGACCAGGAAACGGGAACUUUUUGUUUUGGCUGAGGCAAUUGGGAGUGUUUUUGCCCAUGCUCCGCUGUGGUUCUACAUAGUACAGUAUAUAUCAUGGACAAAGUCAGGGCAAUGCUCAUGUGAACUGCCAUUAAGUGGACUGCAAUAUUCCCUGAGGUGACAAGCCAGUCGGUCUUCAAGACUAUCUGUUCAGACUAUGACGCUGGGCACAGUGCUCAGUCUCAGUGUGUUGGUCAUCUCAUUGUUCUCCGACCAGUAGCUGGUUUCCCGGCAGUUCUUCUCUUCUUUGUAUCCAGCUGUUUCCUCCAUCAGAAGUGGGACUUUCAGCUCCUCUCAGCCAGUAGUCUGUAUCAUUCCAGACCAUUAUGAUUCCCCUUUUCCCACUGGUGGAUGUUGUUGUGAAGAGCACCAGGAAAGUGUCCUGUUUGUGUGUAUGAACAUGUGUGUGAAUGUGUGUGUGUGAGCAUGCACGUGUACUUGUCUUUAUGUGCAUGUCGGUAUGAUUGCAGAAUUUAAAAAGAUUCACUGUCAAGAGGUGCCACUACUAAAGAUUCAUCAAAUAGUUUAGGCUACUAAAACUUAAAAAAAGUCUUACUGCUCUGUCUUUUUGUAAAUAUAAAUGUGUGUAUAUUGUAAAGUAAUGUCGAUGCUUUUGAAGAUGUUUAUCUCAAUGAAGAUGUGGUACACUGACGCAGAGUUUUAUUAUGCUGUAUUUUCUUAUGUGUGCACAGAUUUUAAAGUGGAGGUUCAACUGGAAAAAAAAAGCUGCUUGUGUCUCUGUCACCAUGGUAACUUAAACAGAAGAGAUUCAUUUUGGCUAAUGUUUUAAUUUUGGCUGAUUCACCAUUGUAACCAGUUAUACCAGUUCACUUGGUAACUGCCUCGUCAAACAGACUAAACUGCUCCCAGUGAUCAUAUCUGAUCAUCAAUAUCCCUGGUAAUAUCAGUUGAAAUGAUAUUUCUGGAUAAGAGAAUAAGAGAUUAUUUUUCAUGUCAUUGCUCCCCUACGAGUUUUCCUGCAUUUUGCUACAUAUUUAUUAAACCUGAGGCUUUAGUGUUACUGUGUAAAUUUGAUGUGUUGCUACUACAUGUGUCAAUGUAAAUAAAAUUGUGUAUAUUGAAUUCCCA